GGUUCCGUGGUUGCUAUGCAGGCUCUCCAGGUUAUGCUCUUAGUUUGAACAAACACAAACUUCCUGACGGUCAGAAACUCAACAUUUCUGCUCUCACUCGACAAUUUCUCUGAAAACAAACCCUUAAACCUGAUACGUUUUGCUUCCGGACCUCUCCCUAAACCCUACUGUCAAAACGUACAGGACGUUUUUCGGGUUAGAUGUGACAUUUAUUCACUUUUUUCACCCAUGUUGUUUUCAAUGCAUUUUACCACUGACGCUCUCCAAACCCCGUACAAAAUCACCGAUAUAUCUGAAGAUAUUGACCAUUUCUUCUAUUUGUAUUGUUAAUUAAUCAAAUUAGAGUGUAAUAAUCCUGUUGUGACAAAAUACUGACCAACCGUUUCACCUGUUGAAAAAGUUAGCAUGCUAACGUAUGUUGAUUUUACCUUUUUCUUUGUAGUGCUACAAACCAUAACUGAAACAAGCUUACAAGUUAAAACAUUAUUUAUCCUUUUUAUUGAAUAUAUAUGACUGAUAUUCACGAUUGUCCUCGUUUCUUGAUCAUUACAGAGUAGAUUAAGUGAAAUAGCUGCAACAGAAAUAGAUUUGUAUUUACAUGCUAUUGUCAAUUAGUAGGAGAGCUUAAAUGAACAUAUUGUUGAAGAAAUUGUGGCGUAAUUUUGCCUCUGUGAAAGUUAUAUAAGCCUGCUUAAUGUAAACCUCACUGUAAAAAAGCAUUGAGACAUAGCAGUGCACAAACUAGGAUUAGAAAUAACAUGUUCUAAAUAUGUUCUCAUAAAUUCAGAUGUAUUGAGACAAAAGUUGGUGCAUUCUUGAGUCCUUUUUUCAGCCUGAAGCAUGCUUCUUUUUCACAGUUUGCUUUCUUUAUGCCUUGUUCCAGCAACAUGUUAACAUUUGUAAGGCAAUGCAAAGAAAGUGUGAAACAAAUGCAUCCAUUUGGGACUUUGCUACUAUUUGAUACUGCAAACACUCUUUACUCUUGCUCGUGUUUAGUUUUCGUGCAUGUUCUUUACGUUUUGGCAUUGCAAUAUUGAUCCUUUGAAUUCAAUAUGUGGAAGUGAUUCUGGUGUUAACACUCCAUGGUAUAUUAACCUGAUGUGUUGUGUUUAUCACCUUCAGUUGGUCCAAGCAAACAAGUGGGCAGCUCAUCCUUCGCAGGAUCCCAGCAGCACCUGGCUCCUCACCUGGCUCCGCUUCAUUCAGUCCACUGAGAACCACGAUGGACCGGCACUACAAGUGGACAGCGGUCCUCCUGCCAGACCCCAGCCGGCUCCGCCUCAUCCUGCGCAGGACCCCAGCCCCCCCCUCCCAGAGUGGCUCCUCACCUGGCUCCCCAGACCCUCCCCACCUGUUCCCGAGGAGGGCUGGUCUCUUGUGCCGUGUGCUCAUCCCACCAGGAUCGUCCUCCAGUGGCCGCAGCGGUCCGGCUCCUCCCCCCGACCCGAGCCCCCCCGUGAGCCUCUACCGGUGAGGAAGGUCCCGGAGCAGCAGUGGAUGAAGAGCGCCCGACUUCUGAUGAAGAAGAGGAGCCAGGUGGGCAGCAGGUGGCGCAAGAGAGGAGCCGAGGCUGCAGGUAUGUCAGCAGGUAACGGUGCUCCUAAGCGCUUCUGUCCUUCCACUUAAUUUCUACAUGUUUUUUUCCCCCGGCUAAAUAGAGUAACAUUUGUUUAUAUUGUAUUUCUUAAAAUUGAAUUGAUUUGAAUUUGAGUUAAUUGGAAUUAUUUUUAAUAGAUUUCAAUUAAAUUACAUUUAUCGAAAUGUAAGCUGUUCAAAUUGAAUUGAAUAAUUAAAAAAACAAUUCGUUUUUGUUUAAAUGAUUUGAACGGGUAAGUAUUUUCUCAUUUAAUUGAGUUCAAUUCAGUCGAAAUGAUUUGAACAUAAAAAUAUUUAAAUUUGAUGAAUUCAUAUUUUUUUAAAUUGCACUGCUUUGACAUGAACUAUUUUUAAAUGUGAACGGUAAGUAUUGGAUUGAACUGAAUUAAAUGAAAGUGUAUCAGAUGUAAGGACCCUGCUCUGGUUAGAAUCCUUGUUGCCGGUCCAUUACUCAGGCAGGGUGUCUGCACAGAGUGGGGGGGAUCUGGGGGGGACAGUGUGAACCUCCAACGUGUUUCACCCCCUCAGUGAAGCCCCCCUGUGCAGAGAAGGAAAAGGAUGGCGACACCAUGUCAUAUCGGUCCAUAUGUCUGUCGAGGGCCACCCCAGCCAAGAAGAGUCUGCAGAGACAAGGGCCUCAGGGCAGGGGCCACACUGGGGAAGGGAGGCGGGGACAGUAACUGUAGUGGUACAAACUGUGAUAGUAAGAUCAGCAACAAGGUGUUUAAAAAUGGUAAAAAAAAACAUUGAAAGGGUUAAAAUGGGAUAAAAGGGUUAUUCAAUCAGAAAUAGAGGUUUAAAGAGCACAGAGGAGAGAUGAAAAGGAUCACAGCAGAGAAGAGUAGAGAAGAAACACUAAGGGAAGACGAGGAAUACGAGAAGAGGAAAUAUGAGAGAGGGGCAUGUGGGAACCCUCUCAUUAUUAAAGGUAAAUAUCAUUUUAACAUUUUCAUUCGUACUACUUGUUUUUAACAGUGUUUGCAUGUGUUGUUGUUUUUCCAGAGGGGAGGAAAGAAGCGAAGAGGAGAGGAGGAGGGAGGCAAAAUUAAGAGUGACAUGUCACAAACAACAUGGUAAUAAUCAAGAUAUCCAAUAUAAUUUCUAGAUUUCACAAAGUUAUUUACGUUUGUAGAAACUUCACAUGCAAAAAAGGUAAAAACCAAGUUAUUCAAUCUUUUGUUUCUAGAUUUCAGGAAGUUCAGUUCAUCUGUUCACACCAUAGACUGUAUAUAUAAAGGUUCACACGUUAUUUUUGAAGAUUCUAACAUCACUUGUUUUUAUUUUUAGAGAGGAGAGGGUAGGAGAGGAGGUGGAGGGGCAAAACUAGGCAUGACUUCUCAUGUAAAGAAGGUCAAAUACUCAUACUAGAUUUCACCAAGUUCUGUUCACGUGUUAUUUGAAGAUUUUAACAUGUUUUCCUUUUAUCUUUUAGAGACCUGAGAGGAAAUGAGGAGAGGAAGGGAGGAGGCAAUAAUUAAGUUUGACCUCUCACAAAAAAAGGUAUACAUCAUUUAAUGUUAUCACCACGUUUCGUUGAAUUGAGUUCAUUAGUACGACUUUUAAGUUUUAAAUUAUUAUUUUAGUUUUUAGAGGGAGAAAAUGAGAGGAAGAGGAGAGGAGGUGGAGGGCAAUAUGAAGGGCGUCUUUCCAAUGUAAAAAGUAAAUAACAAUGUAUUUCAUAUUUUAUUAAAAUUAAUGUGGUUGGAUAACU